CUCCUCAUCCUCUCCAUCCUCUCACCUCAAUCCAUCCCCCCUUCUUCCUUCUCAUCCUCCCUUUUCCUCCCACAUCAAUCGUCCAUCUCGGACACGCACAUCACAAUGGUACACUCAUCAGUACUUGGUUUCCCCCGUAUGGGUGCGGACCGUGAGCUCAAGAAGGCCAACGAGGCUUACUGGGCUGAUAAGCUCUCCCGCGAUGACCUGCUCAAGGAGGGCAAGCGCCUGAGGUUGGAGCACUGGAAGAUCCAGAAGGACGCUGGCGUCGAGAUCAUCCCCAGCAACGACUUUGCUUUCUACGACCACCUUCUCGACCACAUCCAGCUCUUCAACGCUAUCCCAGAGCGUUACUCCAAGCACGGACUGCACAAGCUCGAUGAGUACUUCGCCAUGGGCCGUGGCCACCAGAAGGAUGGCGUCGAUGUUCCCAGUCUGGAAAUGGUCAAGUGGUUCGACUCCAACUACCACUAUGUCAAGCCUACCCUCCAGGACAACCAGACCUUCAAGCUUGCCGAGAACCCCAAGCCUGUGGUUGAGUUCCUCGAGGCCAAGGAGGCUGGCAUCAUCACCCGCCCCGUCCUCAUCGGACCCGUCUCCUUCCUCGCCCUCGGCAAGGCCGACCGUGGCCAGUCUGUCGACCCCAUCUCCCUUCUCGACAAGCUGCUGCCCGUAUACGUUGAGCUCCUCAAGAAGCUGAAGGAGGCCGGUGCCGAGAACGUCCAGAUCGACGAGCCUGUCCUCGUCUACGAUCUGCCCCAGAAGGUCAAGGAUGCUUUCAAGCCUGCCUACGAGAAGCUUGUUGGUGCCGACCUGCCCAAGGCUGUCAUUGCCACCUAUUUUGGUGACGUUGUCCACAACUUCGACGUCUUCCCCAGCCUUCAGGGAGCUGCUGCCAUCCACGUCGACCUCGUCAGGAACCCUGAGCAGCUCGAGAGCGUCAUUAGCAAGCUUGGCUCCAACCAGGUUCUCUCUGCUGGUGUCGUUGACGGCCGCAACAUCUGGAAGACCAACUUCAAGAACGCCAUUGAGCUUGUCGAGACUGCUGUCCAAAAGCUUGGCAAGGACCGUGUCAUUGUUGCCACCUCCAGCUCGCUUCUCCACACUCCCCACUCUCUCGAGAGCGAGAAGAAGCUGCCUGAGGAGGUCAAGGACUGGUUUUCCUUUGCCGUCCAAAAGGUGUCCGAGGUUGUCGUCAUUGCCAAGGCUGUCAACGAGGGCCCCGCUUCCGUUCGUGAGGCCCUUGAGGCCAACGCUAAGUCGAUGCAGUCUCGCGCCUCGUCUGAGCGCACCAACAACAAGGCUGUCAAGGACCGCCAGGCUAGCGUCACCCCCGAGCAGCACGAGCGCAAGUCUGCCUUCCCUGAGCGAUAUGCCCAGCAGAAGACCCACCUCAAGCUUCCUCUCUUCCCCACCACUACCAUCGGCUCCUUCCCCCAGACCAAGGAGAUCCGUAUCCAGCGUAACAAGUUCACCAAGGGUGAGAUCACCGCUGCCGAGUACGAGAAGUUCAUUGAGAAGGAGAUUGAGGAGACUGUCAAGAUCCAGGAUGAGCUUGACCUUGAUGUCUACGUCCAUGGUGAGCCUGAGCGCAACGACAUGGUGCAGUACUUUGGUGAGCGCCUUGACGGUUAUGUCUUCACCACCAAGGGCUGGGUCCAGUCUUACGGAUCUCGCUGCGUCCGACCUCCGAUCAUCGUUGGUGACAUCUCUCGCCCUGCCCCCAUGACUGUCAAGGAGUCCAAGUACGCCGCCUCGGUGUCCAAGAAGCCCAUGAAGGGCAUGCUUACUGGACCUAUCACCUGCCUGCGAUGGUCUUUCCCUCGUGACGAUGUCCACCAGUCUGUGCAAGCUCAACAGCUUGCCCUCGCUCUCCGCGACGAGGUUCUCGACCUCGAGGCUGCUGGCAUCUACGUCAUCCAAGUCGACGAGCCCGCCCUCCGUGAGGGACUUCCUCUCCGUGCUGGCACUGAGCGCGAGAAAUACCUCUCAUGGGCUGUCGACUCUUUCAAGCUUGCGUGCGCUGGUGUCCAAGACUCUACCCAGAUCCACUCGCACUUCUGCUACUCCGAGUUCCAGGACUUCUUCCACGCCAUUGCUGCGCUCGACGCCGAUGUUCUGUCCAUUGAGAACAGCAAGAGUGACGCCAAGCUCCUCAAGGUGUUUGAGGACAAGGCGUACCCACGCCACAUCGGUCCCGGUGUGUACGACAUCCACUCGCCUCGUGUGCCCUCUGAGCAGGAGAUCAAGGACCGCCUGUCUGAGAUGCUCACAUACCUCAAGCCCGAGCAGCUGUGGGUCAACCCCGACUGUGGUCUCAAGACCCGUCAGUGGAAGGAGACCAAGGCUGCGCUGAUCAACAUGGUCAACGCUGCCAAGUUCUACCGCGAGAAGCACGCGGCUUAAAUUUCUUCUGCCAUUUGGCAAUCCCUUUGCGGCCGUGUUUCAUGAACGCGGCCGCGUCGAGUAGCAUAUCAACUUGCUCUCGUGUAAUGUGUGUGUAAUGAGUUUUAUGAUACCCAAAAGUUCAACCUGCAUCAUGGGUCGUUGAGCGGUGCAAAAGAAAAGCACAUUGUGUGUAUGGACAGGACGGACAUGGGCGUCCGGCACAACUAGCUCUGGCGUUUGUUUUAUUGGGAAUGUUUGCGACACGGGUCGCAGGAUCGAUUGACCUGGACAGAUAGAUGUGUGUAUGUAGUAUAGCCAGUGAAGAAUGAGACGAAAAGUGUCUCCUGCCUGGCAGAAGCCGAAUAUGAAACAUAUCAAGGCAGAUGCAUCAAUCAUUGCUAC